AUGACAGCGGCCACGGCAACUCCGCAGCAGAUGAGAGACCGGCUGAUGCAGGCCAUCGAUGGCCAAAACAAUAUCUGCAACAUGGUAGCUGUAAUGGAUGUAAUUUCCUAUUUGGAGAAAUAUCCCAUCACCAAAGAAGCACUUGAGGAAACCCGCCUUGGCAAGCUGAUCAACGACGUAAGGAAAAAGACAAAGGAUGAGGAUCUUGUCAAGCGUGCAAAGAAGCUCCUGCGCACCUGGCAGAAGCUGAUUGAGCCUGGGCAUUGUGAGGCACAGUCCAAGGGGCAUAGAGAGCCGCCAGGCGCUGCCAAUGGUGGUAACAACCCCUGCCGGAUGGAUGUCUCCCCUCCAGCUGCCAUCCCGCCUUCGGAUAAAAUGGUUUCGGAGCUCAAGAGUAGAAAUGACUUCAACAACUGUUAUUCCCCCAAAGCGGAAAAGUUGGGCAACCGAAAACGCAAAGGGGAGCAGAGGGAUGGACAGCACCUACCAGUGAAAAGUUCUAAAAAAACAGCCUAUGAAAGAACACGAAACUCACGGCUGCCAAUAAAUGGAAUUGGGGCCAGUCCCAAGGCUUUUAUGGACACACUUGAUGCUCAUUCUCAUCCAAAAUCAGACAAGGAUGACGCUGAUCAUCUUGACAACGACAGACUCAACAAAAUUCCCAUCAACGCUGUCAAACCUCACCCUAGCUCACCGGGACUUGCCAAACCUCCUAGCACUUCCACAUUGCUCAAAACGGCCGUGUUGCAACAGCAAGCCAAAAUGGACCUGGUUGCCUCAGGAAGGGGGCCGCAUCAGCCCAAAAGCCCCCACAGCAACUCGUAUAGUCCCAGAAGUACGAAACAGGAUGUGGUUGUUAAACUGUCUGUGCCAAAAGCAACAACUCUACUGAGCCCUGCCCAGGGCCCCAGGGUUAUGGACCGCGCUGGACUGGGGCCCUCUCCUUUGCCUUCUCUACAGCCUUUAACUUCAUGUAUCCAGGGUUCCCUCACUGUUGGGCCUCCGUCUGCAGAGUCCGCCCUUCAUCAGGACGGACCGGCAGACGUGGACCAACGCCUUCAGCACAGUACCAUGAGACCUGACUCUCUGCACAACUCAAAAGCCACGUCACGCAGCAAGGUGAAGGUGGAGGGCAAUGGUGCUGCCACUAGCACAGCGAGAAAGAGGAGGAACAAAUACAGGUCCAGAGACUACACAGUGAACUUGGGUGGGCAGCCCACGGAAGAGAGCACAAAACCAUGUAGAUUAAAAGACCGUAGACUUACGUUUGACCCUGUAACAGGGCAGAUCAAAUCCUGGACCCACAAAGAGUCUUACCCAGAAUGGGAGGCUACAGUGGUGCCGGUCACACCAGAACCUCGGACAGAACUGCUCAAGCAGAAUCAAUAUGCACAGAAUACCCCUGUUACUCCCAGUCCAUUCCAACAGACCAACUGGAAAGAGCUGUCAAGGAGCGAAAUCAUCCAGUCCUACCUUAACCGUCAAAGCAAUGUGCUCACAUCGUCUGGGGCUCAAACCUCGAGGGCACACUUUUUUAUGAAUGAGUACAUGGAACAUCAUAUCAAAGAGGCCAGAAAAACACACGUGCUGGUACCAAAUAUCCCUGACAUGGACUUACCAGGGGUGAGCCGAGAGGUCAUAAACGAGGACCUCGACAGAAUACACAAAGAGCACUGGCCUGGGGUGAACGGGUGCCAUGACACCAAAGACAACUGGUAUGAUUGGACAGAGUGCAUAUCCUUAGAACCACAUGGGGAUGAGAGCAAACUGAACAUUCUGCCAUAUGUUUGCCUAGACUGA